CAUUCAGUCAGCAAUGGCGAUGUCAUGUGUUGAUCCAUCCAUCCAUCCAAUCCAGCAGGCAAUGGUAGAUAUGUACACACAAGCCAACACAACCUCCUAGUCACACACACAUCCACAUGGAUGCAUCUGAAUUCGCAAGCUGGCCAUCUAGCCAUCUAUCUGUCUAUCUUUCCUAUCCUCCAUCGAAUCUAAGUCGCCUCAGCGACUCACUCAGUCGUCCUCUCCGUCAUUGUUCUGAGACGACUCCGCCUCAGACUUCUUGCGCUUCUUGGCUUUGGCCUUGGCCCGCUGCCGCUUGGGGGCCGGCUCGGGGAUGUCCCUCUCGGGCAGCGUCAGCGACGCCGGCGCGUAGAGGGCCCGGAGGUUGUCGAAUGUCUGGCAACCGAUGGCAGAUCCAAUCAGUGCACACAGAGAACACACAGAAUGAGUCGCAUUUCGUGUGGGGGGUGAGGGUGGAGGGUGUUGACCUUUUCUAUGACUGGGGGUCUGAAUCCCUUGGCGGCUUUCUGGUUGAGUCGCAGCAUGUCGAUGGCGAAGAGCUUCAGGUGUCUUGUGAUGGUCUUGUUGUUGGGCGUGGCCAUCAGGCCGUGGUACAGCGCCCAAGGGGUCGGCCACUUGCUCACCAACACCUCGACGGCCUUGACGCCACAGCCCGCCACCUGCACACAAUAAGAGAGAACACUUUUCCUUUUGUCUAGCGCCCUUCUCUCUCUUUCCCUCGCUGUGUGUGUGGGGCGGCAGAGGGUACCUGGCCCAGAUGCCGUCCAAACGUCUGUGUCGUGGUGAGGCCGACGUGCUUCUUGACCACCGCUUCCCACUCGGCAAACUCCCACGUCGCGACACACGACGUGUGCCGCAAGGGGCUACGGAUGGCACGCGACACGGCAGCCGUCACCCUCAUGUGGAGCUUGGCCAACACCUCACAACUGAAGCAAAGAGGGAGGGAACGAGAUAAUGUGGGUGCGAAGGAGGGAGAGGGAGGGGCAUGGGGGCGUACGUGCGUCUGGAGUUGUGUGUGAGGAUCACGUUGAGGCCGGUGAUGAGUUGGGUGUGGGUGAUGGCUGUCGAUCGGGCGCUGUCGUCGUCGCCGUGGAAGCGGCGCUGGCCGAUGUCCCACAUGGUCUGCUGGAACUGCUCCUCUACCAGGUAGAUCACCUAAAGACACACACACACACACACGCGUGCACAAGGUGUGUAGGUGAGUUGGUUUCCGUGUGUGUGUGUGUGUGUGUGUUUGCCUGCUUGAUUCCCGGUGCACGAGACAGCCGAUACUUCUGCUCGUGAUACCUGACACACACAAAACACACCCGCGGCCAUAAUGCAGCCGAUCGGAUGUGUGUUUCCAUCCGCCCUUCCCUCCCUCCCUCCCUGACCCACCUGCCAUCGACAAUGCUCGAGUCCAAAUCGCCCACCGUCUUCCUCUCCACCGCCCACCCCGCCACCCACUCCCCAUACCCACUCCCAUCCUGACGCGCCCCCCGCACCACCCACACAAAGUCACCCAGGGCCAGCACCUUCGUCUCUGCCUUCACCCCCCGCCGCUGCAGUUCAUCCAGCGAGAACUUGUGCCUGGUGGUCUCGCGAGUGUCGACGAGCAGCACCACGUCGAGCGGCGACCGGGGGUCGAUCGCCGCGCUGCCUGACGGGCGCAUUGGCACGAUGUCCCUCGUGACUGGGAGGGAGGGGGGCGGGGGAGGGAGGGGGGGUAGCGGAUCUGCUGCAGCUACUGCUCCUGAUCCCGAUGCUGGUGCUGCUGCUGCUGCUGCCGGACGGUCCUCCUCGCCCCCCAUCAUCAUCAUAUCUAGGUCGUCAUCGACAUCGCCGGGAAAGGGUGGCACGGGUGGUAGAUCCACCCCCACCCCCCCACCCUUGCCCUUGCCCUUCUUGUUCUUCUUCUGACGUGGCGGCGAUGGCGCGUCCGACCGCUGAGACUGCGAGAGGAACGGCGCCCCGGCCGGUCCUGGUCGUGGUGGGUCGUCACACUGCGUGAGGCCAAGCAGCGGCAAAUCGAUGUUGGUGACGAGCGGUGCGGCGACGGCCUCGCCCUCUCGGGUGAGUGAGUAUGCGGGGACAGGCUUGGGGGGUUUGCUGCCGGGCGGGGCGGGGGAGGGGAGACGGGGAGAGGACAUCACUAGGCGCUUGUCUAUCAGCUUCCUGAAGUUGGCCGGGGUGGGCUUGACCUCGAAACUAGGGAGAGCCUGAUUGGAGAGACAGACAGACAGAGAGCAGCGCACAGCUCAUGUGGUGGCUGUCGGGGCUUCCAUCGAAUCGGGCAUGCACAUGCCCCUCACUCACUCACUCACUCACUCACUCACUGACCUCUCUGAGCUCCUGUGCGGCGGUCUUCAUCUCUUCUGCCGUCAUUCGACCGCCGUCAUGCUUGUGCCCAUGGGCAUACAGGCACACGAGCAGCGACCACACAAUGGUGCCUUCCUUGGGCCGGAAGGACGCCGCCAGGCUAUCGGCAUCCGCCCCGCCGCCCUCCCCCUCAUCGCCCAUGCCGCCCGGCCCUCUGCCGUACAUCUGGCUGAGCUCUGCCGCCUUCUUCUGCGCCCAUUUCAGGACGUCCUUGCGGUGGGCCUCUAUGUCGGCCUCAGUGGGGUCUCUGUAGGGGUUGGGCACCAUGGCAGCCAGCUCAUCGGGAUCCCUGAGUGAGAAGGGCAGCGCAGCAGAGGCACAGAGGGAGGGUGGUGUUUGCGUGUGGGGGUGGUGGUUGUGCUGUAUGGUGUGGUGUGGUGUGUGGCGCUUUUACGUGUCGAAGAUCUCUGCUCGUUGUGCGCCGACGCCCCCGAUCCAGCGCUUGGCGUAGGCGCCGCUUACCACGGGCAGCGGGAAGGAAUACAGACUCUUGACCACCUGGGCAUACACAACACAACACAACACAUGCAUCCACCGACAUAUGAGUGAGAGCCUCCCUCCCUCCCUCCCUGCCUGCCUGCCUGCCUGCCUGCCUGUUCCGUUCCCUCCCUACCUGUCCCAGCCCCUUGGCAGCGUUUUGUCGCCCUUCUCGGUUGGCCUUGUCCCCCUCCGUCUGGUGGUAGUUGAUCAGCUGCCAGUUCUCGGGAUGCCCGCCCUUGGGCACAUCCUUUCUUCUCUGAGCACCAGCUGCUGCUGUCGCUGCUGCUGAUGUCGCCUGCAUCCCGCAGUCAGCGUCCAUCUUGUUGAGAAGGCUGCGGAGAGGCGGAAUGUAUGCGGCAAGCAAACGUGUGAUGAAUGCUUUCAUCCACCAUGG